GGAUUGGGGGAUAAAGCUGGAGAAGGACAGGCUUAUGACAUUCUUGGCAUUGCCUAUCUAAGCUUAGGCGAUUUUCAUAAGGCAAUCGAGUACCAUGAGUAUUGUCUACAAAUUGCAAAAGAAGUGGGGGACAAAGCGAGAGAAGGAGAGGCUUAUGGAAAUCUUGGCAUUGCCUAUUAUAACUUAGGCAAUUUUCGUAAGGCAAUAGACUACCAUGAGCGUCAUCUACAAAUUGCAAAAGAAGUGGGGGACAAAGAUGGAGAAGGAGGAGCUUAUGGAAAUCUUGGCAUUGCCUAUGAUAGCUUGGGCGAUUUUCAUAAAGCCAUCCAUUACCAUGGGCAUCAACUACAAAUUACAAAAGAGGUGGGCGAUAAAGCUAAAGAAGGAAAGGUUUAUGGAAAUCUUGGCAACGCCUAUAGGCAGUUAGGCAAUUUCCAUAAGGCCAUCAGGUAUGGUGAGCGUUACCUACAAAUUGCAAAAGAAAUGGAGGACAAAGCUGGAGAAGGACGGGCUUAUGGAAUUCUUGGCAAUGCCUAUGUCAGCUUAGGCGAUUUAUAUAAGGCAAUCGAGUACCAUGAGUGUCAUCUACAAAUUGCAAAAGAAGUGGGGGAUAAAGUUGGAGAAGGAGAGGCUUAUGGAGGUCUUGGCAAUGCCUAUCAGAGCCUGAGUGAUUUUCAGGAGGCAGUCGCGUAUCAUGAGCAUCACCUACAAAUUGCUAAAGAAGUGGGGGACAAAGCGGGAGAAGGAAAGGCGUAUUGUAAUCUUGGCAAUGCCUAUGAGAGCUUAGGCGAUUUCCAUAAGGCAAUCGAGUACUAUGAGCGUGACCUACAAAUUGCAAAAGAAGUGGGGGACAAAGCUGGAGAAGGAGGGACAUAUGGAAAUCUUGGCAAUGCCUAUGAGAGUUUAGGCGAUUUUCACAGAGCAAUCGAGUACCAUGAGCAUCGUCUACAUAUUGCGAAAGAGGUGGGGGAUAAGGCUGGAGAAGGGCGAGCUUAUGGAAAUCUUGGCAAUGCCUAUCAGAGCUUAGGCGAUUUUCGUAAGGCAAUCAAGUACCAUGAGCGUCGUCUACAAAUUGCAAAAGAGGUGGGGGAUAAAGCUGGAGAAGGACGGGCUUAUGGAAAUCUUGGCAAUGCCUAUCAGAGGUUAGGCGAUUUUCAUAAGGCAAUCAAGUAUCAUGAGCAUCGUCUACAAAUUGCAAAAGAAGUGGGGGAUAAAGAUGGAGAAGGACAGGCUUAUGGAAAUCUUGGCGAUACAUAUUUUAUGCUUAACCACAUCUCUAAAGAUCGAGGUUCAUUUUUGAAAGCCCGUGACUGCUUUAGUUUCAGUUUGUCAAAGUUCAAUGAAAUUCGGUCUCAUCUCCGGUUUAAAGACGAGUGGAAAAUUAGCUACCGCGAUACGUAUAAUAGUGUAUACAAGAAUUUGUGGCGUCUCCAUUUAAACCAAGGUGAAGUUAAUGAUGCCUUGCAUGUUGCUGAGGAUGGACGGGCGCAGGCUCUAAAAGACCUCAUGGAAGAAAAUUAUGGGUGUCAAGACUUAUACUCUUGGUUUCAUUCCUCAGAAAAGUCAACUGGUUGCUCUCUUAGAUCCAUUCAUUCGACAACAGUUUUCAUAGCUCUCAAUAGACAAGAAAUAAUUUUCUGGGUCAUAAGGAAAGAUGAAGAAGUCACCUUGAGGAGAAGAGAGGUAAGAGACUAUGUUUCCGAAGAAGACGUGAGAACUUUCCUUUCGACUCUACACCAUACCACCUUGGACGAAAUUGGUGUACGUGCUGGCGUUAAAAUCGAAAAUCGCUCACUUGAUGAGUCACGUGAGGUGGGGUGCAAGACUGACAGGGCCACUGUCAAUAUUUCUCGGCCUCUUUCACCACAGGAAAGCUUAAAGAGCUUUUUUGACCUCAUCAUUGCUCCUGUUGCUGACCUGGUUCAUGGAAAUGACCUCAUUCUCAUUCCAGAAGGUCCAUUUUGUUUGGUACCCUAUGCAGCACUGAUGAACCCAAAACAGGAGUAUCUGUGCGAGUCUCUAAAGAUCAGAUUGAUUCCGUCCUUGACCACUUUGAAAUUAAUUACCGAUUCUCCAGCUGACUUCCACAAUAAGACAGGCGCCCUUCUCGUGGGAGAUCCGUACCUAGAGGAAGUUCUCUAUAAAGGGAGAAAGUUGUGUGAGCUGCCAUAUGCAAAGAAAGAAGUAGAGAUGAUUGGAAGAAUCUUAGGAACAGUUCCCCUUAUUGGAAAAAUGGCGACUAAAGGAGAAGUCUUAAAGCGACUAUCCACGGUUGCUUUAGUGCACAUCGCCGCACAUGGCGAAAUGGAUACAGGAGAAAUUAUUUUGGCCCCAAACCCUGCUGAGGAAUCCCAUCAUCCUGAGGAGAAAGACUUUUUGUUGACGAUGGCGGAUGUGUUGGAAGCUAAGCUGCGGGCAAGGUUGGUUGUGUUGAGUUGCUGUCAUAGUGCUCAUGGAGAAAUAAAGGCUGAAGGAGUGGUUGGUAUAUCUCGAGCAUUUUUAGGUGCUGGGGCUCGGUCCGUUUUGGUGUCCCUCUGGGGAAUUGAUGACGAAGCUUCUUUCCGGUUCAUGAAACAUUUCUAUAAAGAACUAGUUAAAGGAAGGAGGGUCAGUGAAGCUCUUAACCAAGCCAUGAAAUGUAUGAGAGAGUCUGAAGAGUUCGGGGAAGUAAAGUACUGGGCACCAUUUGUUCUCAUUGGGGAUGAUGUCACUCUAGAGCUAAAUGGAACUGAUUCAGUCUAG